GUUGAAAUAUCUGACUUGUCAGCUCUCUCACAUCUCACGCAGAGAAAAUGCAGGAGUCACGAGAAUCUCCGGCGGAUCACGGCUUUUACAUGCCGGCGGAGUGGGAACCUCAUGCUCAAACCUGGAUCGGUUGGCCUGAACGGCAAGAUAACUGGCGUCACAACGCUUUACCUGCCCAACGAGUGUUUGUAGAUGUUGCAAAGGCAAUCUCAGUCUUUGAACCUGUGGUCUGUGCAAGCUCGGCUCAGUGGGAAAAUGCAGGGAAACAGCUUCCAGAGGAGAUUAGAGUUGUUGAGAUGAGCAUGAAUGAUUCUUGGUUCCGCGACUCUGGACCAACUGUGGUGGAUACAAGAAGCUAUACCAGCAGGGUAUCAAUAUUUUUGCCAUGUAGAUGCUUUUUGGAAAGAUGAAAAGGAGGUUGCAGGUGUUGGCUGGCCCUUAUACAGCAAUGAAGGCACUCAGCACCUACAAAGAUCCUCCUCAAUCAACCCAACAAACACACCAAGAGGAGCAGAAACAAUGGCAUUACUCAUGGCAGUACAGCAAAUGUGAAGACUUGCUUUUAAGCUGAGUUAACUUUAUAAGUGAUUGUAAAUCACUUGUGGAUGAGUUGAACCAGUAUAAUACUGCAGCAACCAUCACUAAAGUCCGUAACACGGAGUGUAUCUCCAUGAUACAGAACAUCGUGGAAGCUUCCAAAGCAAAUGAGUUCACUUUUUCUUAUGUUCGAAGAAGUAGACUAAGUUUGGUUGAUGAAUUAGCUAGGAAAGCCAGAUGUAAUAUACAAAACAAUGUAAUAGGCUGGUUUUAAUAUAAUGGCUUAAUAGGUUGACAAAAAAAAUCAGGAUUUGAUAUAAAAACCCUUAGCUAUAUAAAAAAAAACUGAUUUAUUUC